AUGGAGACUCGUCUCGGUCACUGCCUUUUUAUAUUUUUCUCUGAAUGGAUUUGGCUCUUCACCAUAACUUCCAUCCUUGGCGGAACAAAAGGGGAGAUAAGGUGCAUUCCCUCGUGCCAGCUGCAGCUAAUUACCGAAUUUCCCCGGGACCUCUCGGAGCUGGAUUUCACUAAUUUUGGCGAGGCAUUAGCGGAAGAAUUAGUGGGAUUUACGGAGGGGUCACCGGGUGCCAAAGCCACCGCAGGCGGGGAGGAAAAGCACACGGUUGCGGAAUUAACCGCGAGCGAAGAAAGUUCGUUGAAAGUGCAACCAAGCUCCGGGGGAAAUAAAUCAAGUUUUCUCCAGAAGGACGCUUUGAACGGUCAGCAAAAACUUUCCCACCCGAAAGAGUUGACUGGAAGUGCUUCACCCGCGGCUGCCCCUUCCCCUUGUAAAGGUGACGUUACCGAAAAUAGCACCGGAGAUGGAACACAUAACGAGGAAAAUGAUGGGAAGCAGGUUGAUGUGACAGUUAACGAGGAUACCGAUGUGGCCAGUUGGAGACGAACCCGGAGUGCGAGGAGCGCGGAGGCUUGGUCCGGGUUCAGAGCCGAGGACGGGGAGGACGCCUCGUUUUCGGACGUGGAGGAGUUUGAGCUCACAAGUUCGACAUUUGCUCUCGCCGGGGACACGGCUCAUAACCAGGCGAUGGUGCACUGGUCCGGACAAAACAGCAGCGUGAUCCUUAUGUUGACAAAGUACUACGACUUCAACUCUGGCAGAGUAACAGAGAGUUCAUUAUGGAGGUCAACGGAUUAUGGGUCAACAUAUGAGAAGCUUAAUGAGAAAGUUGGGCUAAAAACCAUCCUGAGCUACUUGUAUGUGAGUCCCAACAAUAAAAGAAAGAUCAUGUUACUUACCGACCCGGAGGUGGAGAGCAGCCUGCUCAUUAGCCUUGACGAGGGGGCGACCUAUCAGAAACACAGCUUAGCCUUUGAUAUCCUCAGUCUGCUGUUUCACCCUGAGCAGGAGGACUGGAUCCUGGCUUACAGCCACGACCAAAAGCUCUACGUCUCUGUUGAAUUUGGGAGGAGAUGGCAGCUCGUGCAUGACAGCGUCGUCCCCAACAGAUUCUACUGGUCCAGGUUGGGCUUAGACAAAGAGCAAGGAAUGAUUCACCUAGAGAUCAUCGUCUCUGACGGAAGGUCACAGUACAUAACUUGUAAACUUCAGAAUUGCUCUGAUGGAAACAAGGGCAAGCCUUUCCCUGGAUUUAUCAUCCCUAAUUCCCUGGUGGUUCAGGAUGAAUACGUUUUCAUCCAGGUGCCAGUAGGUGGUCAGUCUGUCCAUUAUGUGUCCUAUAAAAGAAAUGCUUUCUACCCAAUGAAGCUUCCCAAGUACACUCUGCCAAAGGACUUGCAGAUAAUCAGCACCGAUGACAACCAGGUGGUUGCAGCGAUUCAGGACUGGCACCAGAAUGACUCCUACAACCUGUACAUGUCUGAGUCCAGAGGGCUGUUCUUCACCCUGAUGCUGGAGAACGUUGUGAGCAGCGGAGGACCAGAGGGCAACAUCAUGAUAGACCUGUAUGAGGUUGCCGGGAUUAAAGGGGUGUUCCUGUCAAAUAAAGUUGUAGAGAACCAAGUGAAAACUUAUAUCACAUACAACAAAGGGAGAGACUGGAGGCUUCUUCAGGCUCCAAGUACCGAUCUCCAGGGAAACAAGGUCUAUUGUGAACAACCUUACUGUUCGCUACAUCUCCACCUCCACGUGUCAGAGAAUCCCUACACCUCGGGCAACAUUGUCAGCAAAGAUUCUGCUCCAGGAAUUAUCAUAGCGUCAGGUGUGGUUGGACCGGAGCUGACCAGUAAUAAUGUCAGUAUUUUCAUCACAUCAGAUGCUGGGAACAGCUGGAGAGAGGUUUUUCAGGAAGAGUACAGCAUUUUUUUCCUGAAUCAAGGGGGAUCUCUGGUGGCCAUCCGGCACACACCUCUGCCAAUUAGACACAUUUGGCUGAGUUUUGAUGAGGGCAGAAACUGGGACAAAUAUAGCUUCACCUCCUCUCCGCUCUAUGUUGACGGCGUGCUUGGGGAGCCUGGGGAAGACACCCUCAUAAUGACAAUAUUCGGUCAUUUUAGCCAUCGAUCUGAGUGGCAACUUGUCAAAAUUGACUUCCAGUCCAUUUUCCAACAACGCUGCACAUCUGAAGAUUACAUGACAUGGCAGUUACACAAUGAGGGCGAAGUGUGCAUCAUGGGAAUGAAGAGAAUCUUCCAAAAACUGAAAGCAAACGUUCGAUGUGUCAAGACCAGGAAUCAGUAUAUUUCCCAGAUGUCAGACUCCUGCCCGUGCACAGAAGCAGAUUUUGAGUGCGACUACGGGUUUGAGAGGCAGAUUGACGGGCGCUGCGCUCCGGCGUUCUGGUUCGUUCCUUCAGCAACAUCUAGAGACUGCAUCAGGGGGGAGAGCUUCCUCAACACCACAGGAUACCGCCGCGGUUUGUCUAACAACUGCACAGAAGGAACGCUGUUGAAGUACAGCCCCAGGCGACAGAAGUGUCCCAGCCAUGCCCCCAGGGGCCUCCAGCUCUUCACCAGUGAGGGAACACUGAUAGCAACGCUGGAGAGAAAUGUCACUUUCUUGGUCUUUCUGGAAGAGGGUCUCGGCUCCAUGACAAGUAUAACUGUGGACUUUGGUGAUGGGACAGCGAUAUCAUAUGUUAACAUCAGCUCCAUCGAUGACGGGGUCAGACACAUCUACAGCAGAGUUGGCAUCUACCAAGUUUCUGCUACAGCAACCAACACUCUGGGCUUUGACAGGGUGAUACUCUUCCUCCAUGUCACCUGUCAACUCGAACACGUUCAGCUCUUGGCUCCUUCAGUGGUCGUCAAGAACAAAGUGGUAAACCUCACCACGGUGUUACGGCCAAGCAGUGUGGGAACAGUCAGCUAUUACUGGUGGUUUAGUAACAAAACAGAGCCUGUUGUGACUCUGGAUGGAGCGAUGUCUUUCACUUUCUCCAAGGAGGGGAGUCACACUGUCACCGUUCAGGCUUCUGUCGGCAAUACUGUUCGACAGGACCAGAUGACGGUGUCCGUUUAUGAAUAUUUCCGGUCCCACAUUUUGGGCUUUUCUUCUUAUUUGGAUGAUCUGAACCCCGGGGUGUCAGAGUGGAGAGAGGACAUCAGCCGAGUGGUGAAGAACUCCAUGGUCCAGGUCACAGGAAUCAAUGAGGAUCAGCUGCUGGUCACAGUGCUUCCAGGUUUACCAACAACAGCAGAGAUUUUCAUCCUGCCCGAGAAGAGGCCAAGAGUCGGAGGCAUGGAUGAAAAGUGGGCUCACCUGGAUCAGCUUUCUCAGGUUCUGCUAAGUGCUCUGAACCAAGACCUCAUCCAGUUCACACUCAAGCCGGGGGUGCAGGUGAACGUGUACGCCACACAGCUGUCUCCAGCUCCUCUUGUGGACAGCAGUGAUAGCGUCCACAGCAGCACUGCAGUCAUCAUGCUGGUGUCAGUUGUACUGAUGGGCCUGGCUGUCUUUGUUAUAUAUAAAUUUAAAAGGAAGAUUCCGGGCAUCAACACUUACACAGUGGAGCAGCCUGACAAAGAACAAGAGGUCAUCCCCACCGUGACCUCCAUCGCCGUCCCAAACCCUGAGGGGGACAAGCUGACCUGCCUGGAUCGGGUGGAUGUACAGCUGGAUUCAAAAGGCAGAGGCUACCUGCCAUCUCACACAGACAUCAAGCUCUCUGAUGAAGCGCCCCAUGUGUUUUAAUGUUGAGAGUCUAUGACCAACUCGAAAGCAAUACAUCUUCCUUGGCAGUUACUUCCAGCAAGCUAUGAAACCACGGUCACAAUGAAUGGUCUCGAGUGUUUUGCUACCCAUGCAUGGAUGGACCAGUUCACACUGUGCUGCCUAAUCCCUCUGAGGAAACUGUACAGAUUUAUACUUGCUUCUUGAAAAGGGACACUUUUUGACUGAAAAUACUUGUAUUUUUGCAAGGACAUUGAUCUUUUUAUGUAAAUAAUGUACAUCCAUAAUGUAAGUAGUGAACGCUAUUUGUUUCAGCUGGUUACGGCUGCAUUUGCUCAAAUAUGAAAAUAUCAAACAGCGGGACAGAAGUGAUGUAUAAUAAUAUAUGAAAAAAUGCUCCUAUUUCUGUUCUUUGGGCUUGUGUUUGUGAAGUUUACUUUGUUUGACGAUGUGGAAACAGCUUAUCUGAGUAAGACAGUGAGGGAAGCAGAUUCAUUAAGCUCUGUACAAUCAGUACAUCUUAUCACCAGAUUCUCAUCAAAUGAAAGCUUGCAAUAUCCAGGAGAUGGAGGGCUCCAAGUCCCAGAUCGGCGUACUCCAUCAAGCCUGUCUCUUUGCAGCUCAACAUGUUUUAUAUGUCAUAACAAAAAAAAGAACAGAAGAUUAAAGUGGAUAAACCAGAUAGGUGUAUACAGUAGGUGGGAAACUGAGCAAUGCCUCUUGUUUAGGAGACUCGCACACGUCAUUUUAGUGACACAGGAAUGAAUGCUAUCAUGAAUAAAUGUGAAACCUACUUAGAAACAGAUUAUACACAGAUCUGUCUAAAUCAUGCAUAUGGUUAUUGUUGCAGCUGCAGUCUUAUACGUCUUAUUUGGCUGUAAAUCAGUGCGAUGACUUCUAAACUUGUGAUUCCUACUGAUUUGUGGCCCAGAACUUUUCUUGUACAUUCCGGUUUUCAUGGAAAACGUAUUGUACAUUUUCUGAAUAAUUCCCAUGUUAACAAAGAAGCAGAGAACACACGCUGCAAUUCAGUAAUGAAAAUGCUAAAUCUGAAUUUUCUUUAGUUAGUUCAUGAUGGAUUAACUAUUUGUUUGGUUUUAGUUAAAAGACAUGUUUCCUUGACACAGUUACAAAAGGAUUCCCAUGUGUUUUGUUGUUUCUUUGAACUGAUUCCCCUGUGAAGGCUGUGGUGCCUUCUCACAGACAACACUAAAACAACAGCGGGUUUAGAUGGAGAAAUAUCCUCUCAUUUGUAUUUAUUCUGGACUGUUUAUCUACCACAGUGAUACCAGCAUCUCCACUUGGCAUUUCCCUCGGUUUACAGGAACGCAGAGGAGCCUGCAGUCUGUUCUAGGUUUACCCCCAAGGACUCAGUGGACAAAAGGCUGCAGAUUUGUUCAUGUUCUUUGCUGCGAGGGACACAGAGAUAGAGAAGACGUAUCUCCUGUCAACAAGGCUCAGCCUACGCACAGAGCUUUGGUCAGCCGCUGUCUCUUUGGGAUAAGUACUGAAGUUAUUCUUCAUCAAACUUUUCUUUUUAAGUGUUGUCAGCAUCAUAUGUCAGUAAGACAAAUUGACUAGAGGCUUCUCCAUACUACUUCCCUCCCAUCGUGCGAUUGAGCCUGAAGCAUAAAUAAACUCUUCCUCUUCAAUGGGGCGAACGCUGUCCUUCCACACCAUCAGUUUUAUUGUAUGCUUAUUAUUUAUUUAACAAACCUUUCGUCAAUUCCCAAUAAUCAAACUGUGAAUACGAUUGUAAACAGAAUUGCAUGAUGUUUUUUCUUUUCACCAAGAUAUUUCAAAUGUGUUUGAAUUAGGCAGAAAACUGACUUGUUAGGAAUGUGAACUGCAGUGUUUUUUUUUUUGAUUCUCAAAGGCUCGACAUCUCAUUCAUUACAUGUGACUUGAUUAUCCAGUGGGUUGUUACUGUGUUUUUCAUUUGAUC